CACUCUAAAAUAAAAUAAAAUCCAUAAACGCAAAUGCAUCCCCCACUCCUCGUUUUACGCUCAAAGUUCCUUCACCCCCCUUGACCUCCUCCUCCACCAUCUCAACACACCACCUCACAGUUUCACACCCUCGCUUAUCUCUCAAACCUCCCAUCUUUACUCCUACUAUUCCUCUAUCUCUCUCUCUCUGUGGGUGGAAGAAGAAACGGUAGAAGAGCCUGUUUCCCGUAUGCAUGGAAUGACGGAUUACAGGAUUACGCCGUCGAUGAAUCUUUGGGCGUCCGACGAUAACCCAUCGGUUAUUGAAUCUUUCAUAAGCUCCGAUCUCUCCUUCUGGGCCACCCCGCCGCCUCCUGCGCAGGGGCAGGGGCAGGCGCAGGCGCAACAUCAGCAACUGCAGCCUCAAUCCUCUGCCUCCGAUACUGGCGACCCGACCAAGGUUCUUGCCCAAUCCCAGCCUUCCGUGACGCCAUUCAACCAGGAGACACUCCAGCAGCGCCUCCUGGCCCUUAUCGACGGGGCCCACGAGAGCUGGACCUACGCCAUCUUCUGGCAGUCCUCCUACGACUACUCCGGCGCCUCCCUCUUGGGCUGGGGUGACGGCUACUACAAGGGUGACGACGACAAGUCUAAAGGCAAGGCCAAGACCACGUCGUCUGUGGCCGAUCAGGAGCACCGCAAGAAGGUGCUCCGCGAGCUUAAUUCGCUGAUAUCGGGCUCGGUCGUGUCCUCUGCCGACGACGCCAUCGAUGAAGAGGUCACCGAUACCGAGUGGUUCUUCCUUGUGUCCAUGACCCAAUCCUUCGUCAACGGCAGCGGCCUCCCGGGUCAGGCUUUCUUCAAUUCAAGUCCGGUCUGGGUAUCCGGGUCGGACCGCCUUUCCGCCUGGCCGUGCGAACGCACCCGCCAGGGUCAGGUGUUUGGGCUCCAGACCAUGGUGUGCAUACCAUCGGCGAACGGCGUCGUCGAGUUGGGCUCCACCGAGUUGAUUUUCCAGAGCUCGGAUCUGAUGAAUAAAGUCAGAUUUCUCUUCAAUUUCGAGAGCCUGGAAAUGGGUGGUUCCUGGCCAAUUACCGAUCAGGGCGAGAACGAUCCAUCGUCACUUUGGAUUAGCGAUCCCACGCAGGCUGCGUCGACUGAGAUCAAAGAUUCGCUCGAUAACAGUACUGUUCCAUCGGUUCCUGCCACCACCAACGGCAGCCUUCAGAUCUCGAAGGCGAUUCAGUUUGAGAACCCCAGCUCCAGUAGUUUGACCGAGAACGCAAGCGCGAUUCAUAUGCAGAACACUCACCAGGGCCACCAGCAACGUCAGCAAUCGCAGACCCAGAGCUUCCUAACCAGAGAAUUGAACUUUUCGGAGUACGGAUACGAUGGAAGUAGCGUUGCGAAGAAUGGGAAUUCGAAUUCGUUUAAACCCGAGUCGGGCGAGAUCUUGAAUUUCGAGGAUAACAAGAGGAGUUCCUAUGUUUCGAGCCAUCCCCAGUUCGCGGCCGCGGCGGUGGAGGAGAACAACAAGAAAAAGCAGUCGCCGACGUCGAGGGGUAGUAACGAGGAGGGAAUGCUUUCUUUUACGUCGGGUGUCAUUUUGUCGAACACCUGUAUGGUGAAGUCGAGCGGCGGCGGGGGCGAUUCGGAUCACUCCGACGUCGAAGCGUCGGUCGCGAAGGAAGCCGAUAGUAGCAGAGUCGUAGAACCGGAGAAACGGCCUCGAAAACGGGGUCGAAAGCCGGCGAACGGACGUGAAGAACCUCUGAAUCACGUGGAAGCAGAGAGGCAGAGAAGAGAGAAGCUCAACCAGAGGUUCUACGCGCUCCGAGCUGUGGUUCCGAACGUUUCGAAGAUGGACAAAGCGUCCCUUCUCGGCGACGCGAUAAUGUACAUAAACGAGCUGAAAGCGAAGCUCCAAAGUGCGGACUCGGACAAGGAUGACCUGCAGAAGCAAUUGGAAGCAUUGAAGAAAGACUUGACCGGCAAGGAACAGCGCCAUUCGGGCUCGGAGCAGCCGCCUCCCCCGCAGUUCGAUCAAGACUCAAAAACGUCGAGAUUGAUAGACUUGGAUAUCGACGUGAAGAUAAUCGGAUGGGAUGUCAUGAUUAGAAUUCAAUGUAACAAGAAGAACCACCCGGCGGCGAGGCUGAUGGCGGCGUUGAAGGAGAUGGACUUGGACGUGCACCACGCCAGCGUUUCGGUAGUGAACGAUUUGAUGAUCCAACAAGCUACGGUGAAGAUGGGUAGUCGGUUUUACACGCAGGAGCAGCUCAGGCGAGAGUUGUCGGCCAAAGUUGGAGAUGCCCGAUAAGGUGUUUGAGAACUGGGUAAAUGGGGGAUAGAGAGCUCAAAUAAAAGACAAAUCUUUAGGAGCAGAGAGAUUCUUUGCAAAUGGUUGGAAAUGCUCUGGGAAAUUUUAAGGCUCCCGGUAGCUGAGAAAAGCAGCUUUGUAAUAUAUAACACUUCUUCUUUUGCUAAUCUUCUUCUUCUUCAUUUUUUUUUUCUUAAAUUUUUCGUUCUAGUAUAAUUAUGUUGAGAUUAUUAAUUAUUAUGAGCAUCGGGAGCUAAAUUAGUGUAACAAAUCUUUCAACUCUCGAGGAUGAGCAUGUAUAUAGCUCCCCAUCAAGCUGAAAAUAGCUUGAUUUCUUUCCUUUUUGUAUUUGUGGGUAGUUUUGUUUGUUUGUUCAUAUAUAUAUAUAUAUAUAUAUAUAUAUAUCUGUCAGUAGAUUUGAACCUAAUAAAAUUUUCUGGGUUGAAUGCAUGUCAA